AUGGGCAAGAACGAAGACACGACACUUGACCAGCAUGUGUCAGGCCAAGCCAACGGCAAUGGCCUCUCAAAGCCUGCUCACGCACUCACUUUCUCUCAAGUUACAGAAGACAUCAAGGCCAAUGCUGAGAACGGUCUCUCAUCGGCAGAAGCAAAGGAACGACACAGCACAUAUGGCACCAACGAACUCGGUGAUGCUGGUGGUGUUGAACCUGGAAAGAUUCUCAUUCGUCAAAUUGCAAACGCAAUGACACUGGUACUCAUUAUGGCAAUGGUUGUCAGUUUCGCUAUCAAAUCAUGGAUCGAGGGCGGUGUAGUUGCAGCAGUCAUUGGAUUGAACAUCGUCAUCGGAUUUAUGCAAGAGUUCAAGGCUGAAAAGACCAUGGACUCGCUCAAGUCUCUCAGUUCGCCUACCGCCAACGCUGUUCGUGACGGCAAGACUGUCAACAUUCCUACAGUCGAAAUCGUACCCGGUGACAUGGUUGAGAUCAAGACAGGUGACACCGUACCUGCUGACGUCAGACUCAUCGAAGCAGUCAACUUCGAGACCGAUGAAGCUCUCCUGACCGGUGAGUCCCUGCCCGUCAGAAAAGACGCAGACGCCGUAUUCGACGAAGAUACUGGACCUGGAGACCGUCUUAAUGUCGCCUAUUCCUCUUCAGUCGUCACCAAGGGUCGUGCUCGUGGUAUUGUCUAUGCCACAGGCAUGUUCACCGAAAUCGGAUCGAUCGCAGCCGCACUCCGCAAGAAGGAUUCCAAGGUCAGACCUGUCAAGCGCAAGCCUGAUGGUUCUGCCAGACCCCACAGAUAUGCUCAAGCAUGGACCUUGACCUUUUCCGAUGCUGUCGGUCGUUUCCUCGGCAUCAACGUUGGCACACCUCUGCAGAAGCAACUUUCGAGACUUGCAGUCCUGCUCUUCUUUGUUGCUGUUAUUUGUGCCGUCAUCGUUGAAGCCGCCAACAGCUUCAGCAGCCAGCAGGAAGUCAUCAUCUACGCUGUUGCUACCGGUCUCAGUAUGAUCCCGGCAUCCCUCGUCGUCAUUCUCACCAUCUGUAUGGCUGCCGGUACACGAAGAAUGGUCGAGCGCCAUGUCAUCGUUAGAAAUCUGCGCUCUUUGGAGGCUCUAGGCGGUGUCACCGACAUUUGCUCUGACAAGACUGGUACUCUGACACAAGGCAAGAUGAUGGCUAAGAAGGCUUGGAUUCCCGCUAAAGGCACAUACUCGAUUGGAGAGACCGACGAGACUUCCAACCCUACCGUCGGAGAUCUCCAAUUCAGUCCUGAAGAACCAAGAAAUAUAAAAACUGGCGAGGAGAAGCAUGACGUUGUCGCUUACGAUGAAGAGCUUAAGGACAAUGAACACUUGGCACAUUUCCUGAGAGUCGCCGCCCUGGACAACUUGGCCAUCGUCCAGAAGGACGAGGAUGACAAGUGGACAGCUCGUGGUGACCCCACCGAGAUUGCCAUCCAGGUAUUCGCCGCUCGUUUUGGCUGGAACAGAUCAACCUUCAUCUCUGGAAAGAGCCCUAUGUGGAAGGAGAUUGCCGAGUUCCCCUUCGAUUCCGAUGUCAAGAAAAUGUCUGUCAUCUUCGAGGAAGCUGCCACUGGCAAGAAGCAAGUAUUCACAAAGGGUGCUGUCGAGCGCGUCAUUGGCUCCUGCAUCAGCCUUUACCAAGAUGAUUCCGACAAGCCCGUCGAGAUGACUGAGGCAAUCCAAGAGGAGAUCCUUCAGAACAUGGAGGCCAUCGCUUCUCUCGGCUUGAGAUGUUUGGCACUAGCCAGCAAGGACUUUGAAGGUGAAAUCAACAAGGACGAAGAGGUCGACCGCAACUCUAUUGAGAAUGGCCUGACUUUCCGCGGUCUUGUUGGCCUCUACGACCCUCCUCGUCCCGAAUCUGCCUCCUCUGUUCGCCAAGCCCAUGAGGCUGGUAUCAUUGUCCACAUGUUGACUGGUGACCACAAGGGCACUGCUCAAGCUAUCGCUGCUGACGUCGGUAUCCUUCCAUCUCACAUGAAGGAUCUGUCCAAAGAGGUCUUGGAUGCUAUUGUCAUGGAGGCCAGUGGCUUCGACAAGCUCAGCGACGACGAGAUCGAUGCACUCCCUGUUCUCCCAUUGGUUAUCGCUCGUUGCGCACCCAACACCAAGGUUCGCAUGAUCGAGGCUCUUCAUAGACGCAAGGCUUUCGCUGCCAUGACUGGUGAUGGUGUCAACGACUCACCUUCCCUCAAGCGUGCUGAUGUUGGUAUCGCAAUGGGACAGUCGGGUUCCGAUGUCGCCAAGGACGCCUCUGACAUUGUUCUCACCGACGACAACUUCGCCAGUAUUCUCAACGCUGUCGAGGAAGGCCGCCGCAUGUUCGACAACAUUCAAAAGUUCAUCCUUCAUCUUCUCUCUCAGAACAUCGCUCAAGCAUGUAUCUUGCUAAUUGGUCUCGUCUUCAAGGAUCUCGACGACCUGUCUGUCUUCCCUAUCUCGCCUGUUGAGAUUAUGUGGAUCAUCAUGAUUACCAGUUCCUUCCCUGACAUGGGUCUCAGUUUCGAAGAAGCCGUGCCUGAUGUCAUGCGCCGCCCCCCUCAAAGUCUCAAGCGCGGUGUUUUCACCAUCGAGGUUCUUGUCGACAUGCUUGUCUAUGGUCUUUGGGUCGCAGCACUCUGUCUAUGCUCUUUCUGCCUGGUCCUUUACGGCUUCGAAGAUGGCAACAUUGGUCGCAUCCCUGCCACUGGUUGCAACAACUCUUGGUCACCCGAGUGUGAUGUUGUUUUCCGUGCCCGCUCGACUUGCUUUGCUACCCUGACCUGGUUCUCACUCUUCCUCGCCUGGGAGAUGAUCGACCCCCGCCGCAGUUUCUUCCGCAUGAAGCCCGAGUCCGACCGCUAUCUCACCCAGUGGAUGUUCGACGUCUGGCGCAACAAGUUCUUGUUCACCGCCGUCGUCCUCGGCUUCGUCCUCAUCUUCCCUGUACUUUACAUCCCAGUCAUCAACCAUGAUGUUUUCCGCCACACUGGCAUCUCAUGGGAAUGGGGCAUUGUUUUCAUCGCCACCCUCAUCUUCUUCAUCGGUGUCGAGUCUUGGAAGUGGGCCAAGCGCAUCUACUUCCGCCAUCAGGCAGCAAAGGCCGGCCCCGAGGCUCAAGACAUCGAGACCGCCAUCUUUGGCAAAUACAUGCGCGACCUCACACCUGUUGGUAGUUGGUCUCAGUCUACCAUGAAGGAAGAGGUUUGA